GUUACUACAGUUGCAGCAAUUGCUACAUCUGCAUCAGUUGUUGGAGUGACUCUAUCUGUGGUGUGUAUUGUAGUACUGUUAUUUGUUUUGAAGAAAAGAAAACGAAAGGAAGGAGACCGCGCUGGAUAUGAGCUGGCUACAACAAGUCCCCUACCUGAAGUGUCGUCUCCUCCACCCCCACCAGUGGAUCUGGUCCAUCAACUACAGGAGGAGCUACACACAAAGAACAUGCUCUAUGAGAAACAACGCAUACAU